AGCACACUCCGAGCUGCAACACCGAAAACGGGCGGACGAGGCGAGACGGUAGGAUGUGUGGGUGUGUGCAAGUGUAAGGUGUGUGUGUGUGUUUGUGUGCGCGCCUGUGCGUGAGAGAAAAGGGGGUUUGCCGUUCCUCCGGAUGACGUCACGAGUUUUCCUGAGAGUCCAAACAACCGUUGGCUGCAGUUAACGGUUAACGGGAGCUUCCGUUUGAUGUGUAACGUUAACCUCGUUAUUCCUGCCCCGGCUCGUAACCUUGACAACGACGGUUGACUAGCUAGCACUUUGACGGUUUAGCUUAGCUGGCAGUUCCGUUUCUCACUCCGGAGAGAGAUAACCCGGGGUGGUUAAUGACCAGCAGGUGCCCGGGAACAGCACCGCACCUGCCGCUACAGGCUGAGUCACUGCUGGUGAGGAGGAAGGUCUGGAGAGGGAACGAGAGAGGAGGAGGAGGAGGUGGAGGAGGAGGGGGAGAAGAAGAAGAAGAAGAAGGGAGGGAGGCAGGGAGAUAAGCCACAACAGGAAACGAAACGACACACACACGCCGCGUGUUUGUGUGUCUGAGAGGGAGACUGCGCGAACGAGAGGGUGAACGGGAAAGGAAGGGAGGGAGAGUGACGCGGAGGCUGGGAGAGCCGGCCCCCCCCCCCCUCUUCCUCCUCCUCUCCUCCUCUCCUCCUCUCCCUCUCUUUCUCUCUUCUCCUCCUCUCCUCCCCUCCUCCCUCUCUCUCUCUCUCUCUCUCUCUCUCUGUGGAGCAGGCGUGUAGCGGCAUCAGACUCGGCGUGAAGGAACCAUGAGCGAUGUCACCAUCGUUAGAGAGGGAUGGCUCCAGAAACGGGAGGAGCAGGGUCGGGGUGCUGACUCACUGUCCAGGUCGUGAUACAGCAAAGACUGCAGUCUUAGUCAUUAGACAGCUUUUUACUGAAACGGAACAGCGAGAAAGGCCGAGAAAGUAAAGGGUGCUGACCCCUGGCCUAGACCCUGGGUUCCCAGCUCCAGACCUCCAAACACCCUACCCGCCCAUUUUUCCACUUCUCUCUGCUCUAACACACCUGAACCAGCUGACGCUCAGGCCCUGAUUCAACAGUAAGGGCUGCUGAGUUGCACCAGGUGAAUAUAUAAAGAACUGGCGGCCGCGUUACUUCCUGUUGAAGACAGACGGCUCCUUCAUCGGCUACAAAGAGAAACCUCAGGACGCCGACCUGCCCUACCCCCUAAAUAACUUCUCUGUAGCAAAAUGUCAGCUGAUGAAGACGGAGAGGCCGAAGCCAAACACCUUCAUCAUACGCUGCCUCCAGUGGACCACCGUCAUCGAGAGGACCUUCCACGUGGACUCGCCUGACGAGAGAGAUGAGUGGACAGAGGCCAUCCAGAUGGUGGCUGACAAGCUGCAGAGACAAGAGGAGGAGAGGAUUCAGAGCAGCCCCACCUCCAACAUCGACAACAUGGUCGAGGAAGAGAUGGACAUCUCCACCACACACCACAAACGCAAGACAAUGAGCGACUUUGACUACCUGAAGCUGCUGGGAAAGGGAACAUUCGGGAAGGUGAUACUUGUCCGAGAAAAGGCCAGCGGGAAAUACUACGCCAUGAAAAUCCUUAAAAAAGAAGUCAUCAUAGCCAAGGAUGAAGUGGCUCACACACUCACAGAGAGCAGAGUGCUGAAAAACACCAGACACCCCUUUCUCACUUCAUUGAAGUAUUCAUUCCAGACUAAAGACCGCCUCUGUUUCGUCAUGGAGUAUGUGAAUGGAGGAGAGCUGUUUUUCCAUUUGUCCAGAGAGCGGGUGUUCUCAGAGGAGCGCACGCGCUUCUACGGCGCCGAGAUCGUCUCGGCACUCGACUACCUGCAUUCAGCCAAGAUUGUGUACCGGGACCUCAAGUUAGAAAACCUGAUGCUGGAUAAAGACGGCCACAUCAAAAUCACUGAUUUCGGCCUCUGCAAGGAGGGCAUCACAGACGCUGCUACCAUGAAGACUUUCUGUGGCACACCCGAGUACCUCGCACCUGAGGUCCUGGAGGACAACGACUACGGUCGGGCGGUGGACUGGUGGGGUUUGGGCGUGGUGACGUACGAGAUGAUGUGCGGCCGACUGCCGUUCUACAACCAGGACCACGAGAAGCUGUUUGAGCUCAUCCUCAUGGAGGACAUCAAGUUCCCGCGCACUCUGUCGUCCGACGCCAAGUCCCUGCUGUCAGGCCUGCUCAUCAAAGACCCCAACAAACGGCUCGGUGGAGGACCAGAUGACGCUAAAGAAAUAAUGAGACACAGCUUCUUCUCUGGCGUUGACUGGCAGGAUGUAUAUGAUAAAAAGAUGGUCCCUCCCUUCAAGCCUCAGGUGACGUCGGAGACGGACACCAGAUACUUCGACGAGGAGUUCACGGCCCAGACCAUCACAAUCACUCCACCAGAGAAAUUCGACGAGGACGGGAUGGACUGUCUGGACAACGAGAGACGACCGCACUUCCCACAGUUCUCCUACUCCGCCAGCGGCCGGGAAUGAAGCGUCCACCACGGUGACAUCAUCACAGCUGGUCUCUGAGGACAUCAGUGUGGGACAAAAAAAGACCCACAGCUUUGGACCGACCCAGAAAAGACUUGAAGGAUUUUGCCCCUUUUUCUCCUCUCCUCUUCCUCCUCCUCUCUUUUUCACCUCUGCAGUCUGCUUCUCUAUUUGUUUCCUUUUUAUUAUCAUUAUUAUUUUUGUGGAUUCCUUUUUAGAGAGAACUUCCAGGAGGCAAAAUUUACUUUCUAAUCCUGCACUGCAGCCCUAGGUGAUCCGAACUGUGAUGUGAUCAGUUACUAUGUAAUGUCCCUUUAAUGACAGGAGCAUCACCGGUGGCCUGCUGUGCUUUGACAUGUGUCGGUCCUGCCAAACUCUCAAAACAAAAAAACAACUUCUGAUCGAGUUAGACGAAAAACAGCUGAUGCAUUUUUCAGGAGUUCGUUUUUGUGACUUCUCAUCCGUACGAUGGAGAUAUAGCAUUUUGAGUCAUUCAAACCUAAACUGCCGUUACCGGUUGUAUCUCAGGCUUUUGCAAAACAGACUCUCAGACUCAGAGAGACACUCGGGGUCUGAUUUCAAAUCCUCACCUAAAUGAUUCUGGGGUUGAUUGAGGCUGCCUGGCAUUGAGGGAGCAGUUUGUCGCCUGUGAGCAGAAUCCUCCGCAGCUCACUUUGUCGAGCGGGAUUUGACUCAGGUUUUGCUCAGUGCAAUCCAUUAUUGUCGUUGCUGCUAUUUCAACUACUACUACAGGUACUACUACUACUCCUCCUACUACUACUAUACUGCUACUACUACUAAAAACCCGGUGCUACACUACUAGCUUAAUGCUGCAGAUCAUCAUACAGGCGCCAGCAACUCAUCACCCACCUGUAUUUAACGUCUAUGCUCGUACAGCUGCAGAACGGGCGUCGCUAUUACUCCUAACGUGCUGCUGUCACACAUUGACUCUAUAGAUUAAGACGACGAGAGGACGACGUGUUUGUGUGUGUGUGUGUGUGUGUGAGUGUGUGUGCAAGGUACUAUUAAGGGUUUGUGUUGAAGAACGCACCUCAAAGCACAGCAGUCCAGGAGGAUGAAGCUCCCGAACCAUGAGCUUUACUACGUUACCCACAAUGCAGUGCAAGGUGGUUGAUAUAUCCAUCACUGAGGAGGUGAAAUUGAGAGUUUUCAAUGUCCUCCCCUCCCUCCCCUCCCUCCCCCCUCUGUCCCUACGAGUUUAAGUCUCUUCUGUCCCAAAAGGGAAAUGAGAAGUGAAGCGGUGCUUUGUGUCGAUGAUGAAGCUUUACUGUGACAUGUUGUCGUCACGGGAACCAUACGGCUGUACCUCUCUGUCUCUGUGCAGGAAAGGGAAAACUGCUGCAGGAACAGAGUGAAAAGAGAAGUCCAGGAUGGGCAUUGUUGAUGAGAGAAGAGAGAAAGAGAGAAAGAGAGAGAGAGAGAGAUAGAGAGAGAAAGAGAGAGAGAGAGAGAGAAAGAGAGAGAGAUAGAGAGAGAUAGAGAGAGAUAGAGAGAGAGAGAGAGAGAGAGAAAGAGAGAGAGAGAGAGAGAGAAUACAGGUGAAAAGCUCCAAGAAUGAUGAAAUAUUUAUAAUGUGAUAUUUAUGACGUAUUGAUGACUGAGGGAACAGCUGAUUUCCUGUGAGAGAUUCUUAUGGUCUGUGAGGAGGUACACAUCAACAGUUAUGGGUUUACACCAAUCACAGCAAAUGGCUAUAAUAUAUAUAUAUAUGUUCUAUUUAUUGUUCUACUCAUCGGUUUUUAUAUUUAACUUUUUCUAUUGUUAUUACAUUAUUCUAGAGAAAAAAAACUAUUUCUUAGGGCUGAGAGAAGAAAAAAAGAAAAAGAAAAAGGCACCUCAAGAAACAAAUAUGGCUGAAGAAUGUAGGAGGGAAAGCGGAUAGCCUUCCUGCUCCAUCGUUUAUUUUAAUGAUGUUUUUGUGUUGUUUUGUGACCAAAAUGUGACGGCGGAGAGGUGACGGGACGCGGUCCAGACAGACGCUCGUGUACCGCAAGCUUAAAGAUAUGUAUUUAUUUAAUCACCUUUCCUUCUAGGGCUGCACAAUUAUGAAAAAAAAAUCGAAUGAGAUUAUUUUGCAGUUGCGAUAUGAUUUGAUAUUAAAGGGAAUGCUACUUUUUUUUUUUUUUUUUUACAUUAUUCUCAUUUUCAUUGAAAAACAUAUUAAAAUGAUUAUGGUGUGAUUUUUGCGUGGAUCUGUACCAAACAAAGAUGUUUUCUUGAAGUCUGUAGAAUAUGAUGUGUAGGCCUGAACAUCUCUGCAGCACCGCAAUAUUUAAUUUAAAAUGUAUUUUGACGCAUAUUUGGCCUUUAACAAAUAUUGCGAGUUUUAACAAAUACCUAUUGAGAUUUUGAAAAAAUUUCCAUUAAUUGUGCAGCCCUAUUUCCUUCUUCAACUUUACCCAAAUCAUCCCCACAGGUGUUUACUAUCAAGGCUCAUCUCACUGACACAAAUGUUCCCCAAAUGUACUGUGACCACAGGUGUGUGUCGGUGAAGGCAGAGACAGAGAGUUCAGAGAGUUCAGAGAGUUCAGAGAGUUCAGAGAGAAAGACGAAGUGGAAGUUGAGCAAAAAAAAACCAAGUGCAGCCCAGAAGUGUGAAUGUAAAGCGGUAAGGAUGUAAAAGAUUCAAUACCAUAAACAGUGAGUGCUGCUUUUUUACCGUCAGUGUGUCGAGACAGAGCCGAGGAGGACGAGGAAUACUAGUGUUUGGAUAUGAAAUGUGAGUUUGUGAGGUCAGUCGGUUCUUUGGAUUGUAGGUGAGAAAGAGUUAGCGUUUAUUUCAAGAGUGGGGAUGAUCCCAUUUUCAACACUCCUCUGUCUUUAACGUGCACGGUCACCUCUCCGGUCUGGACUUUGUUUGUUUGCGUCGUCAUGUCUUCCAGUCUGACCAACAAGAUUUUAAAUCCCCUCAAUUUCUCUGUCUUCAAAACGCCAGUAAGCCUUAUGGGUUUAACUCCGAACACAUCCAGCACUUCAGAAAAAAAAAAACACAUCAUCAGAUGUGAGGAAAUAUAUUUUUAAACAUUUGAAAUUUCAACCAAACAUGUGAUCAUGUGGAUAUCUGGAUGUGGCAGAUUUAAAGAGAGCACAAGGGGAUGUGCUCUCGUUAGGCGUAGAAAGAAAAUUGUAUUCCAAUAUUUAUUAUUUGAAUGUUUUUAUUCUCAUCGUUGAUGGAUAACUUGAAUUUCUUUUCUAUUUAAUUUAUUUGGUGUCAUUUUGUUUUUGGAGUUUAGCAGUAAAGGGGGUGUAGUCGUGUUUCACUCUGCAGUUUAAGUCUCCAGAGAUUUUGUUCUAAAAAUAAUUUUGUUUCUUUAUAAAUAUCUCUUAAACGACACAUUACCUGUUUUUUCCCGCUGCUCUUGAGUCUAUGUGCUUUACACAUGCACAUCCAUUAAAUCGCUAUUAGCUGGCAAAGGCGCUUUAUGGCAGAAAGUAGAAAAGGACGGCGCUGGCCUGCAUGCUGUAGUCCUCUGUCCGCACGAACCAGUCCUGAGUCAAAAGUGGCACUCAGAACUCUUAUGAAAAAUACUUCUCUGUGAUCGAUUGAGCCUGUCUGGCACAGCCGAAGCAGUCGAAUAGUUCAAAAAUGAGUACAGCUCCCACCCAGCUGGCAACCGUCGACAGGCUCAAGCAAAACGCUCCCGAGUAUUUGGAAGGAUUUCAGCUUUGAUUUGACCCAGGUCUGCGAGCGACUGAGGAGUUCUAGCUGUAUGUGCACGCUUACCGCCAAAAUCAUUAGAAACCAGAGUUCAUGAAAUACCGCUUUGUAGCUUCGGCCACAGCACUUUCACAUCCAUCACUUUUUAUAUGAUUCAGAGGAAUCUGAUUCAACCCUGCUUUAAAGGAAGAUUUUUAGCUUUUUUAUGUUUUUAAGAAAAUGAGGAUUUUUAAAGCACAUCUCCCCUCCGCAUACAACCGAUAUAGCUUUGUUGCUCUGAUGUCGAAAGUUGGCAAGACCCGGAGUGAUUGUGUCCCACGUGCCAGAGACGAGUCAGUGCUGCCGCUGCAGAAUCACGCUCAGUGGAAAUGUUCAGUAACUUGGUCAGUCUUCACGAACUAAAAUGUUUGGGAAAAAUCCACUGAUGUCACCGACUCCUUCUGUUUUUGAAAAGUUUUCCCUCCGUUGAGCCUCCAACUCUCCUUGUUCAACCUUCCACAUAUUCAAGUUCAUUUACUGGCAGCUGCCAGACGCUGAUUCGAAGGUCAGAGAUCAUUACAAUACAAAUGUUUUCCUUCAGCUACCGUAAGUGGAGACGAUGGAGCUUAGUAAUCCUCUUCAUCAAUGUGGGUUUUCCCUUAAAGACUAUGAAUCAGUUGUGGCCACGUCAGUGAGGUCUUUAACUGGAUGCUUUAAGCCUCCUCACAGCUUCACUGGUGCCCUCGACUGGUGUGAAUCGACAGUAUGUGAGAUAUCUGACGCUGCACUGACAGUGUUCACUCUUAAAGCUGCUGCUGUUUGUACUGUACAUCUAUCACACAACAGAUCUGACUCCAAUAGUAUUUGAAUAAUAUGUAAAAUCCUUUCAAAGACCUCAGCUGCUCUGUAUUGAUCUCGCCCGUUGUUAAUGAACCGACGGCGUCGGCCAAAAAAAAUCACAAACCGCACUCAGCCCUGCGUUUAAUGCAGAUAAUAAGUAAACGGCUCCAGUGUUUGGAAGGAUUUCUGAAAGUAUUUGACCUCGUGUCUGCGACAGAAUUCCUCCCCCUCUCUUCUUCCUCUGGUACUAGACUACUAUCAUCAUGACUAUUAACAUGAACAAGCAUGAGAUGCAUUUAUUUAUAAAACAGCGUGUACAAAUAUUACAACAUGUAAUUAAUUUCAUGUCCAUGUCCAUCUACUGUAGCUUUUACAGCUGUGUGAGACAUUUGUGGACAGCUGCCAGCUGUUCUCAGAGCGGGCCACAAUUCCCCCUGAAGCACCGUAAUACUGAAGUCAGCGCUGCUCUCUGACACGUCGGAGGAGCAGAGCUGACGUCGACCCUCAGACGGUGUCGGGAAAACUUAACAGAUCGAUCAAAACAGCCUUUUUGUGUCCCUCAUGCUGUCAGGAUGCAGUGCUGCUGGCCGCUGAGGCCGCGAGGAUGUGAAAACAACAAAUUACCAUCAACAUGAAGCUGUUUUUUUUACACUGUACAUCCUUAGUAUUUUUACACAAUGUAUAUGAUAGGGAUGCACAUUAUUUUCCUUCUUACAGACAGCUUCAAUAAAGCACUAUGUCAAUC